UCAUAAUUCAUCACUGUUAAAUCACAAAGAUCCUUGGAUUUUUUUUGAUUUUCUGUUAGGCUUCAUGACUAAUGUAAGAGGAGCUAUUGUUGAUGGGGGGUCUACCAUGGCAAUGCUGAGAGUACUAUAUAGAAAAAGUCUGUUCCAAGUCCCUUUCAGUCUUGGGGUUGGUGUUAUAAUUAGUUUUGUAUCUCCUAGAGUAAGCCAUGAUGGGUCUCUACUGGAAGGAAUAUUUGCAUUUACUACCUCUUGUCCUCUGCCUCUCCAUCUCUUAUCCUUCACUCUUCUUCUUCCUCCACUCCAAUGCUACCUCUGCUGAUACCAUUCAAUAUAUAUAAUUCUUCAUCUUCACUCUCCAUUUCCAAGCCCCACUCAAUUGUGUAAUGUAUGUAUGUUGAAUGCUCUUUCCUUUUACACAAAAAUGAAGAAGCUAGUCUUUCCUUCUUCUGUUACAGGAAAACCAUCUGAAUUAUCAGCUGACUGUUGGUUUGAUGAUUCAUGUGUUCUUGACAUGGACUACUUUGUCAAGACCCUAGCCGGAAUUAAGGCAAAGGGCGUCCGACCUGACCUAAUUGGUUCAAUCAUUGCUCACUAUGCUUCCAAGUGGCUGCCAGACCUUGCCGGUGAUGACUACGAAAAGGGUAUUCCAACCAAUAUCGGAAAAUCAUCACCGGAGAGUGUCACUUCCUUGUGGAUGAAGAAAAGGUUUUUCGUCGAGACCCUAGUGGGAGUUCUUCCUCCUGAGAAGGACUCAAUAUCAUGUAAUUUCCUCCUCCGUCUCCUCCGGACCGCCAACAUGGUUGGCGUGGAAUGGACGUACCGUGCGGAGCUAGAGAAGAGGAUAUCUUGGCAACUUGAUCAAGCUUCACUGAAAGAGCUGAUGAUACCAGCAUUUAGUCACACUAGUGCUACUUUACUAGAUGUUGAGCUAGUAAUUCGGAUAGUCAAUAGGUUUGUCAAUUUGGAGGAGAGUUCUAGAAGUGGUGCUGCCAUAGUUAAAGUUGCUAAGCUUGUGGAUUGCUACUUAGCUGAAGCAGCUCUUGAUUCCAAUUUGAGCUUGCAGGAGUUCCUUGCACUUGCUGGUGCCCUCCCGAGCCAUGCCCGCACCACCGACGAUGGUCUGUACCGCGCCAUUGAUACUUUUAUCAAAGCACAUCCUGGGGUUUCAAAGCAAGAGAGGAAAACACUCUGCAAACUAAUCGACAGUCGAAAACUAUCUCCUGAGGCAUCGCUCCACGCCGCGCAAAAUGAACGAUUACCUGUGCGCGUAGUGAUUGAAGUCCUCUUAGGUGAGCAAACCAAGCUCAAUCGACAGCUCGAUUGGAGCGGCUCCUUUACUAGCACGCGUAGUCCGAACCUGGGGUUAGACCUCUCCGUUAGGUGCCAAUCAAAGCGCGAAAUGAAUGCGCAACAAACAGAGAUAAAGAAGUUGAAGGAAGAGGUGCAUAGGCUUCAAAGCCAAUGCUAUGCAUUGCAAGUUCAAAUGGACAGACUGGUGGAGAAGAAAAAAGGGUUCUUUAGGUGGAAGAAGUUGGGGAUUAUGCCUUCAUUUAAGAGUAUUGGUGCUGCUGAGAGGAGUGAAGAGGCUGAAGCUUCAGGGGAGCUUGGUUUUGGAAGACAAACACCUAACAUGAAAACAAAGCUUGUCAAAGCUAGGACAACACCCAAGUGGAGGAAAUCAAUGUCUUGAUGUCCAAAGGAGGAUACAAAUAUUUGGCUAAGUUUUUAUGUUUUCAACUUGUUAUGUUACUGAUAAAUAAAUAAUGUUUUGUUUCUCAUUUGUAUUUCACUUAUGAUAGAUCCCAGCAACUGGUAUUCAAGUUAUUCAAGCUGCUGAAUUGUACGCACAAGAUUUCAUGUGUAUCAUGUGGGACUGUGGAGUCCAUGAAUUCAUUUGGA